AAUCAAACCCUUGCUGAGGAUUUGGUGUAAAUUUUGCUUGUCUUCAUUAAGCAGCCCCAUUCUAUAACUAAAUGUCUUUUAGUGGUGUCAGGUGGGAAAGGUAAGCAGUCACCUAGCCAGGGGCAUACAUCUGAUCAACAGGUAACUGCAGGCCUGAGGCUAUUAAUCUGUGUGAACUCUGGCUCCCUGCUUAGACUCACUGCAGUUAAACUAACACUCACCUAUUAUCCUAUUUGUUUGCUGGAGCUGUAGUGAUCCUGUAUGCAGAGGGAAGCUGCAAAUAGACAUUUUAUGGCUCAAACAUGUUGUAACUCACUAUAAAGUUGCACCCUUUUAUCAUACAAACCCUGUAAUAGUCACUUACUAUGUGUGUUAAAUAAUGUAAGACCAUUGCAAUUACAUUGGAUGCCGAUGUGAGAUAUUAAGAUGGGCCGUGAAUGGAGAUUAAGGAGGUUAUUGUUCCUUCCUGCAGCAUUAUGCUGGAGGCUAACAGCAGGACCUGGUCACGCACGCCGAAAAAUCCUGAUGUGUGAGUGUGCGAGUGAGGAUGCUGAGGGGCGUAGCAGCGUUGUGCACCUCAUGGUCAGCGCUCAGGAAUUAAGAUGCAUGCCUCUCAUUGCCUGGGAGCGAGUAACGCGAGAAAACUGUUCCCAUCCUCCUUUCCUUCGCAGAAAGAAAAAAAAAAACCCAAAACGCAUGGAGGUGCGCUUGUUCCAGGAGAGAAGUAAACCUCCUCCCGGUGUGUUCAUAUUCAAAAAGGCAUCGGUGUGAGGUUGCCAGUUUGGAGCUUGUUUUCCCCUUAAAUUGGAUCCUUCAAGCUGUGACUGGGCUGAUUUGCUCGCGUUUCGGUCUCCGUGGAGCUGCUGCCACAUUCCGCACGGAAAUAACGAGACUCCACUCGCAGCCCGGGCUUCACUUUUAGUGGAUGAAUGGAUGACGCGUCAGUCACUGACCUCACAAAGUCGACAUCUGUGCCAUAAAACUGUCAAUGUGUACUGGAUCUGAUAACAAAGAGCCAUAAAGCCAACGGAAUCACACUUUGGAUUUAUCUUCGUUGCUCUUGGACGCAAACUUUCCAGCCAACUGAUUCUGACUGUGACAUCAUGCCCAGGCAAAGGAAUAUUAGGCAUUUUGCUCUGCUGUUUUGCGUCAUUACAUUUACAACGUUCCUGUUCAGUUACACUCUCCGGGACCCCUCACUCUACUACUUCAAGUACGCUUUUCGCCUGUCUGACAACUUUUUCUCCAAAGGGCUAUGCGGCUGCCGACAGUGCAUGACGGAGCUGGAGGAGGACCCCUGGUUUGCUGAGCGCUUCAAUCAGUCCAUCCACCCCCUGAUGACCAGGGAUAACAGCAUCCUCUCUGAUGAAACCUUUAAAUGGUGGCAGUGGUUGCAGUCAGAGAGGCAGCCGGCCAACUUUAGUGAAGUGGUGGAGGAGCUGUUCCAAGUCAUCCCUGAUGAAGUGCUCUACAUGGAUGCCAGCCCUGAGCGCUGCAGGACCUGCGCUGUGGUGGGGAACUCUGGGAACCUGAAGGGGUCCCACUACGGUGCCCUCAUCGACUCCAGCAAUUUCGUCAUAAGAAUGAACCAGGCUCCCACCUCUGGUUUUGAAGAGGAUGUGGGCACCAGAACAACACAUCAUAUCAUGUACCCAGAAAGUGCCAUAGACCUGGACAACUUCACCAGUCUGGUGCUGAUCCCUUUCAAGACCCUGGAUCUGCAGUGGCUCAUUAGUGCUCUGACCACGGGUACUAUUACCCACACAUAUAUAUCGGUUAUGUCCAGGAUAAAAGCAAACAAAGAUAAGGUGUUGAUUUACAGUCCAACAUUUUUCAAAUACGUCUAUGAGUCUUGGCUUCAGGGUCAUGGACGAUAUCCUUCCACUGGCUUCCUCAGCUUAAUGCUCGCUAUCCACAUAUGUGACGAGGUCAGUGUAUUUGGAUUCGGUGGAGACCAAUACGGAAACUGGCACCACUACUGGGAGGAGAACAAUUUGGCCGGAGCUUUCCGACACACAGGGGUCCAUGACGGAGAUUACGAAUAUAAUAUCACCCUGCUCCUGGCAGACAAGCACAAAAUCCAAAUGUUUAAAGGCAGAUGAUACCAAGCCCACGUGUGCAAUGGGAGUACCACCAAAUGAACCUUAGCAGCCUUUGAAUGAAAGACACUUACCCUGUUGAUGGAAAUAUAUAGCAAGGGAGUUCAUCAUUGUCAUUUAUGUUAGAAGAGCGUCUCAUAGAAACAGAUAUAACCUAUCUGCUCAUCUCAAACAAACUAAGGGGGCUUUCACACCUAGCUACCUGGUUUGGUCCGGACUUUCGGGCUUUUCAGUUUGGUCCAAAUUGCAGGUGUGAAACCUCCCGUUUAAUUGCGAAUUUGAACUUGCCUUCAGUAUAGUUGGUGCCAUAAUAAUAACAUGUUCAUUUUUCAUUCAUUCAUUCUUGUCUUCCUGAACUGUUUAAUAAACCAAUCAAUGUCAAGUAUAGGGAGACACAGCCCACAUAGAUGAUGACCACAGGACAUGGUCCUGUCAUGUAAAGUCCUUUAGGGUGGUUGCAGAAUUACAGUGUGAAACCAUACCAAAUCUAACCGAAUGUUGAUACAUUGCAAAUGUAUCAAAACAUGAACUUUGGUUUAGAUUUUUGACUGUACAGACCAUUGACUAUACUGUAAAUAUCACUUAUAAACUAUAAAGGUAGGGCCCCCCAACGCACCGCUUAGAAAGUUUUGACCACAUUCUGAAAUUAUUUGAAUUUGUCAUAAACAUUUGUACAGACAUUCAUAUUUGCCAGAGGAUGAAUCCCAAUAACUUUCCUGAUCCCCUGACUUUCCUCUAAUGCCACCAGCAGAUUGACAUUUGUGGUUUUGGGUGAAAUAUCUAAUAAAAAUUAUUGAGCGCAUUGCAAUGAAAUUUGGUACACGCAUUCAUGUCCUCCUUAAGAUGAACUGUGGUAGUCUCUUUUCAUCAACUCCAUCAUGCCAAACAUUUUAUUUGUCCUAUAUUAGUUAUAACCAAAUACCAGCAACAUCUAGGAUAUUCCCAUCGGCCUCUGUUGUAGUUUGUGCUUUGUGCUAAAGAGCAAAUAUUAACAUGCUAACUAAUAACACAUGGUGAACAUGGUAAACACACCUGCUACAGAUACAGCAUACAGACCCUUGUUUUAAAUGGUAGAAUUCAAACUCCCUCCAGGUUGGUAAAUUCAAUACAUUUUGAAGUACAGAGGCAUAAUCCCAGUGUCUUUAGUAUGGCCCUAACGACCCAUGACCUGGUAGCUUCCACAACAACUACAGUAGAGCAUGCAAACUGCAGCUGCAGCUAUCAGCACAGUGUUGAAAGCUGUGUCAAAGGUAGCAUCAAAACUGUUAAAGAAAUCUAGGAUUACAGAGUACUUCACAUCCUUUAAACCAAAGGUUCUCAAAGUUGGGUCCUUGUGGGUUUCCAGGGGGUCCUCAGCAAAAAAGUGAUUAUAUUUCCAUAUAAUUCCAACAACCUAGUAACACAAAGACAGAAUGUAUGACUAAUUGGGUCAUGGGUUUCAUACACUUUCAAACAUCUAAAAUUAAAUAUCCUAUCUGAUGGUGGACGCUGGGACAAAAUGUUAUCAAAUGGGGGUCCGUGGUCUAAUUUGUGUAAGUUUAGGGGUCCUUGAUGUGAAGAAAAUUGAAAACCACUGCUUUAAAGAGUGAUGAGGGGUUGAUGAUGGGGUUAUUUGUUGGAACGUCAGUCUUAAAGGGAUGUACUAGAGACGUGCAGCAGGGUGUGCAUUAAGAGUGAUAUAGUGAAGCAGAAAUUAAGUCUUUGGUAAAAAAAAAAAAAAAAGAUCGAGAUGUUACACAAACACAAGGUUCAUUAUUAAGUUGUAGACAUUCAUAAUGGAAAACUAACAUAUGAUACAGCCUAUACAGGGGUGCCUUAUUAAUAAAAUCAAUGAUGUACUCUGUGAGAUAUGAAAAGUAGGUGUUAAGUGCCUUUUAAUUGGAAUUUUUUAGACUCAAUUUUGCCACCAAAUUGUUCUGUAUUGUAAUUAUUACCAUUAUUUAUAUAUAUAUAUAUAUAUAUAUAUAUAUAUAUAUCAGCAAAAGGUUUAUUGUUGUGUACAGUGUCAAUUUUAAUUAAUCGUAUGCAUGAUACAUAAAGUACAACCAUUUUAAGUGUUUGUCAGUGAGAUUUGUUUGUAUAUGCCACAGAACAACAUGUUGGACACUUGGGGUAAGUACGUCAACAUAUUUGGCUCUGUAAUUUUGAUGAAAAACAGCUACGAUUUGUCCAGGCUUGAAAUUAUUAGCUGCACUCGCUGAACUUGUUGUAGAUGUGUGAAUACUGAAUGCUUUAUGACUCAGACGCUCUUAUCCUGCCCUCACAUUAUAAUUUUCACCAACAAAACAAACAUGUUGUGUUGUAUCAGAUUAUUCAGGAAUUGAGCUUAGUGGUGCUUAUCUAAUAGGCUAUGAUUUGCUCCAUGUGCCUUGAAACAUGUUGGGACAUUUGCCCGGUCAGUGUCUUCAUGAGCUUUUCCCUCUCCGUGUGAGCGUAGGCUGAUAAGAAGAGAAACCGCAAUAUUAGCUCAAUUCAAAUUUGUGAGGCACCUUGCAUGCAUACUGUUGUCACAGUAGUCGAGAGAGGUGUACAUUUCUGCAGGGGACACUGUCACCUAGUGGACAAGGAUAUGUAGGCUCUCAGCGUUAACAUCACUUGGUUUGUCCAUUGUAAGACUGUUGUGAUGAUGUAAACUGACACAUUUACAUCAUUAAUCACACAUCUAUAUUACUUUUUCCAUCCAGUUGAUAUCUUAAUUGUUGAAUAGUUACAUACAUUCAAGCUGUUAAAGCAGCACCUUCAGAAAAAUCUCAUUUUUAUAUUGUGCGUUUUUCCUAGUUUUGGCAUUUCAGGUCAUUGAUACUGACAUGUGUGGGAGAGAUGGAUAACAGAUAGACAUCAUUCAUUGUCAGUGGACACAAUACAGUAAAACACAACUGGGCUGUUUGCUGGAAUGUGUGAAAAGGAAAGUGAGGUUAAUUAAUUCUAAAUAAUACAUUUUAUGCAAAUGUUGCGUGGGUAAGCUGUAAUUCAGAUGACUAGUAACUUGUAUAUGGAUUGACAUAAACACACUACAGUGAAAUACGUCAGUCUACAACAAUUGUGAAAAGUUAAAUGCAUGAUAGUUUUCUCAAGGAGAGGGUAAUGUAAAUUAUUAUUAUUAUUAUUAUUAUUAUUAUUAUUAGACAAAGGAUAAUGUGGAUCAUUUAAAGAUGUCCUUGAUUUUCGAAAAUCAAUUUCAUUUCAGUUAAAUAUCGCGAUUGUAUGCAUCAUGGCAACAACUUUUAACUUAUUUCAGUGGUCUCUGCCAUCAGGAACAUUGUGUUUUACCUUUUAUAAAUAUUCACCUCAUUUCCAUCAUUUAAAGUGUCUUCUUUUUAAGGAUGGAAUCAGAAACACGUGUCAUGUGUCUGCUUUUACACACUACUAACCUACUAACUUACAACCUGAUGUUAUUUCUGCUUCUGUCCAAUUAAUAUACAAUAAGCUUAAACACAUUAUGUAAUGCCACCAGAAUGUAACAUAAUGAAUGGUAAACUGUGUUGUUUGAUUUUUAAAUUGUGAAAAUAAAUAAAAGCCUAAGAAACAGUUGUUAG